AUGUCCCAAAUCAAAAUCGACUCCAGCAUCCUAUCCCACUCUGCAAACAAAACCGUCUUAAUAACCGGUUCAGCCCGCGGCAUCGGCGCCGCAACAGCAGCGCUAUUCAAUCACCAUGGAGCCAACGUAGUAAUCACAGAUCUAGCCCAGUUCCAAGACGCGGCAGAAAAUUUGAUAUCGUCAACAUUUACAAAUCCACAGCGUGCAAUCUUUGUUUCUGGAAAUAUUGUUGACUGGGCGCAGUUGACCUCGUGUUUCAAGGUUGCGAUUGAGAGGUUUGGUGGGAUUGAUAUUGUUGUUGCGAAUGCGGGGAUUAUGGAGUCGAGUCCCGUUCUGGAUGUGGAUUUGGUUGAUGUGAAUGGGGAAUUACGGGAGAAUACCGAGGCUGGUAGAGUUAUUGACGUCAACCUGAAGGGGACGCUGAAUACCCUCCGACUAGGACUAUUCUACAUGAAACAGCCACGCAGCACGACAUCGAGACCUUGUAAAUCAAUAACCUUGGUUGGCUCAACAUCUAGUUACUUCGGCGGUACGGGUGUCACUGCUUAUGUUGCCUCGAAGCACGGCGUACUGGGUCUUCUUCGUGCAUCUCAAUCGACAGCUCGCGACCUAGGUGUCCGAGUUAACGGGAUUGCACCCUUCCUUACCCCGACGCAUAUCACGGCUGGAUUUUCCCAGAGAUGGAAAGAGCAGGGUCUCGAAGAGAACACGCCAGAGCGUGUUGCUGAGGCGAUCGCGCUGGUUGCUUUGGACGAGGCACGGCAAGGGGAUUGUGUUUUGGUCGCUGGAAAAUACUUUCGGGAGCUCGAGUCAUCCAGGAUGAGCCUGCUGCCCACCUGGAUCGGAGCAGAUUUUGCAGAAUUCAUGGGACGCGCCAUGCAGUUCUUUAUUAGUAUUGGAGGAUAUGUACUGCCUAAGGCGUACUGA